AUGAGGCACAUUCAUCUCCCCCUCGGAUCUGCAAUUAGAAUAUUAUCCAUUGUGGCUGGCCUUGUUUCGUCCACUGCAGCUUUUGUAUUGAAGCCUGCCCAACAAUCCUUAUCCAAAAAAUCUGCCCUGUUCUCUGCCAUCAGCGCCACUACAAGGGAAGAAUCCAGCUCAUUGGCUUACGAGCUCAUUUGUGGCGAUGUGGCGUGGAAUACUCUAAUUGGAGAAGCUGAUCGAUCAUUGCGUUUGGGCAUUGAAUUGGAACGCAGUGGACAAGCCCGUGCGGCAUCAGCGGCUCUUCACGAAGCGGCCACUCUCUACCAGUGCUUUUUGGAUUCCGAAGAAGAUUUCGCCCAUGUCACGGCUCUGCUUACAGAAGAUUGUCCCGCCGUGUUGGCCUAUCUUUGUAUUCGAUUGGGAUUCCUCAAUCUGGAUGCACUGGGAGAUGCCAAUGCCGCCGUCAGACUCUACAAGGAAGCCUCGCAAAUUGAUUCCGUGCCCUCGCCCUUUAGUUAUGAGGGAUUCGCAGUGGCCUUGGAAGGUUCGGGGGGAGGACAGAAUCUUGAACCUGCACUAGAAGCAUAUCAAAAAGCUAGUCAGUUGGAUCCUUCUUUGAAGAAAACUCAGUUCAACAUGGCUGUGGUGUUGGAUCGUUUGGGAAGAACCGAUGAAGCAGAACCCAUCUUUGAACAGAUUAGACGGUCGGAAUCACAUAUCUCUUGCAAGCUCGAUAGUUGGGGCUAUGUUCGUUGGCAUACAAGAAAGAUUCCAGACGAAGAACUCAAUGUCCAAAGAGGAACCUACGAUAUGCUCAAGAUUGCGCUACAGGCUGCAAUGCCACUUAUCAAAGAGGGAGGUCUAGUCUGUGAGUUUGGCGUUGGAUCUGGUCGAAGCAUCCGCAUGACACAAGAACUAUUGCCACUAGAUGUCACCAUUCAUGGCUUUGAUACAUUCACUGGAUUGCCUCAGGCUUGGGGAAAUGAACCCAAAGGAGCCUACUCUACAGGUGGCGUUAUUCCCAAAAUCGAAGGAAACGUGUUCUUUCAUCAGGGUCUCUUCAGUGACACCAUUGUGCCCUUUUUGCAAAGCGAUUAUGUGGAUCCCGAUGCAGUACUGGCCUACGCAAACAUUGACUGCGAUUUGUACAGCUCGACACUGGAUAUCUUGGAAGGCAUGUCGAGACGCAUUGUCCCCGGUACUAUACUGAUCUUUGAUGAAUACAUUUGUCAUCCAUCUUGGCGACAAGAUGAGUUCCGAGCUUGGAGAGAGUGUUGCAAGCGAUUCGGUUGGAAGUACGAAUAUCUCGCCUUUAGCUUGAGCACCAAACAGACCAUUGUAAGAGUGUUGGAGGCUUGA